CGAGAUUUAAGGAUCGCACACUGUAUAGAAAUUAGAUCACGGUGUGUUUACGAGGGUGGAAUACUACGUAGAAGGGCAAUGCAAAAGGCUGCGAGGUUUUUCAGGUAUGGAUUGUCAUGGAAUGAAUUAGGAAUAAAUGCCAACAGACUGCAGGGGCGAACUCAGAUUUUACGUGAGACAGGGGCAUGGAGUCGCACAUUAUCAACAAAACCAUCGCAAAGUAGCAGCUCCAAUGAUCAAGACAAGAGCCAUGACAGCAGUCGAAUGUUCACAAAUCUUAAAGUUUGCGUAGCAUUAGGGGUCACAGGAAGUGUGAUAUGGCUGAUGUCAAAAAGAAGAUAUGCAGUAGAGGCUGCAACCAGUCAGACAGCUGGGGGAUUAAAGCAGGGACUUCCUACCUACUCUCUAGAUGAGGUAGCCAAACACAACAAAAAAGAAAAUAGAAUCUGGGUCACAUAUAAAAAUGGUGUGUAUGACAUCACAGAUUAUGUGUCAAACCAUCCAGGGGGAUCAAGAAUUUUACUGGCUGCUGGCUCCUCCAUUGAACCCUACUGGGAGAUGUAUGCAGCCCACAAACAGGACGAGAUAUAUGAGAUGCUGGAGGAAUUGAGAAUUGGCAACAUUACAGAAAAACCAAAGGAGGAAAAAGUGGAUAAGAAGGACCCGUACGCUAAUGAUCCACAAAGGCACAUGGCAUUGAAGCCCAGCUCCAAGAAACCUUUCAACGCUGAACCCCCACUUUCUCUUCUCAGAUACAGUUUUCUCACACCAAAUGAUUUGUUCUUUGUAAGAAAUCAUCUACCAGUACCGGAUAUCGAUCCAAAGAAGUACCAGUUAACAAUUUCAAUAGCUGGAUCCAAAAAAUCGAUAAAUUUGAGUCUGAAUGACUUGAAAAGAAAAUUUGACAAGAAAUCAGUAGUGUCUGUAGUUCAGUGUGCAGGCAAUCGCAGAAGUGAGAUGGUGAAAAUUAAACCUGUCAAAGGUCUAAACUGGGGAUCUGCAGCCAUAAGCAAUGCAGAUUGGACAGGAGCUUGUCUGGACGAUGUCUUGAAGAAAGCAGGCAUAGACAUUGAUACAGUAAAUGCUAAACAUAUCAUAUUUGAUGGGGCCGAUGCAGAUCCUACAGGAGCUAACUAUGGUGCUUCUAUUCCUAUCGAUAUGGCCAGGAGGUUGAAGAAAGAUAUCAUUGUGGCCUAUGAGAUGAACGGCAAGGACAUUCCAAGAGAUCAUGGCUAUCCUGUCCGAAUUAUUAUUCCAGGGGUUGUUGGUGCCAGGCAGGUGAAAUGGCUGAACAAAAUUACACUGAGUGAUGAAGAGAGCACGUGCCACUGGCAGCAAAGAGAUUACAAAGGUUUCCAUGCCUCAAUUGACUGGCAUAAUGUGGAUUUUAGUACUGUACCUGCUAUCCAUGAACUGCCUGUCCAGUCUGCCAUCUGUGAACCUGAGCCCGGCACCGUCCUGGACGACGACUCUGAGGUCACGGUAAAAGGUUACGCCUGGAGUGGUGGGGGACGAGGAAUCGUGAGGGUGGACUUGUCCGCUGACGGCGGGAAAACCUGGCACUCUGCAGAAUUAUCCCCCACGGACCAGCCCCUGUAUAAGACGUACGCUUGGACUUUCUGGGAGGGCACUAUUCCUCUCCCCAAGGACCACAAGGGAGAGGUGGAAAUCAUCUGCAAGGCAGUGGAUUCCUCAUACAAUGUGCAGCCUGAUAAUGUGGAGGGCAUUUGGAAUUUGAGAGGAGUGCUGAGUAAUGCUUGGCACAAGGUGCAGGUCAAAGUACCAAAGUCCUAAAAAUCCUAUAGAAUAAAAAAUGUGUCAUAAUUUAUGUGUACAUUCAGGUAAGUUACCUCAACCUCAAGUCAUGAAAAUAUUGUGCUUCAUUUUUUAAUACAAUAAAAAUGCAGUUUCAUCAAAUCUUGCAGAAAAUGAGAAAUAAAAAUUGAAAAUAUAUACACCAUAUUAGCCAUAAUUGGACUGAUGCAGUCUUUGUUUUGAUUAAAUGUUAGUUCUAUAACAUUUUUAUCAAACAUUAUCAUAAAAUUGUUGAAAAAUCAAUAGAACAAAUUAAUUUUUGAUUAAUACCAAAGAUAAUUACUGAUAAUAUU